CAGCCGGCCCCCCUCCUCUGCUUGCAGCUUCUGUUCAGCCGGCCGCUGGAAGUGGGCCACCAUAUUUGGGAACAGCAGCCUAUGCUCAGAAAAGCAAAACAGAGUAUAAACAUUUGAAGACCCAAGGGUCCUCCUGGAGGAUGGACUUUUCUAAGGAUCCUGGAGCAGCAGCUUACAAUGAGAAAUCAGGUACGAUCACCUCACUCUCAGUCUUGUUUCAGAAAGUCUUUGCUCAUGUCUAUUCUCCAUGGAAAAAGGGAAAUACAGAAGGAGACUGUCACCCCUGCAAGUGUUCAGAGACUGAUAAUUUGGGGGAAAACUACAGUUGGAAAAUACCCAUUAAUCACGACGACUUCAAAAUUUUAAAAAAUAAUGAGAGUCGGCUGUGUGAAUUUCUCCGGAAUAAAUUUGGCUGUGUCUCUACCCUGGUCUCUCCAGCCCAGGAAAGUAACAGCAAGUCUUUAGAAAGUCUCAGCAAGUCUCAGCAAGUCUUUAGAAAAAGGCUGACUCCUGGGCUUGAGCUGUCUGUCUGGAAGGGUGACCUCACCAGACAUGUUGUUGAUGUCGUGGUGAAUGCAGCCAAUGAAGACCUUAGCCAUGGGGGAGGCCUGGCCAAGGCCCUGGUGAAAGCUGGCGGCGAAGAAAUCCAAGAGGAGAGUACAAGAUUUGUUUCUAGACAUGGUAAAGUACCAACUGGUUCAAUAGCUAUCACAGGAGCAGGGAGGCUUCCCUGCAAAUACAUUAUCCAUGCCGUUGGGCCUCGGUGGUCAGAGAUGAAUAGAAAGAUAUGUAUGGCUAAUCUGGAACUGGCCAUUUUAAAUAUUCUGGAAUCUGUCAUCUUCAGCACACUGUGCCCCGAGACAGUAGCAAUUCCAGCCCUGAGCUCUGGGAUUUUCCAGUUCCCUCUGGAUUUGUGUACAAAGAUCAUUGUGGAUACUAUCAGGUUUUAUUUCCAAAGGAAUCAAAUAAUCAGUAAUUUGAAAGAAAUUCACCUGGUAAGCAAUGAAGACCCUACUGUUGCUGCCUUUAAAAGUGCUGCAGAAGUCAUUCUAGGGAGCAGUGAGCUGGGGUCUGGGGUGAGUCAAGGAGCCAUCCUUCACAAUACGAUGGUUUUGAACAACAUGACUCUCCAGAUUGUCCAAGGCCACAUCGAACAGCAGAAGACGGAUGUAAUUGUUAAUUCUGUAAAUCCAAGUCAUGGUCUUAGAUGUGGUCUUGUGUCAAAAUCAAUUCUACAAGAAGCAGGAGAUGACAUGGAAAAGGAAUUUCUCCUAAAAAGCCAUCCGAUAUCUCAGGAUUCCCAGUUGGUACUGGUCACAAAAGGAUAUAAACUGCUCUGUCAGUAUGUUUUCCAUGUGUUGUGGCCUUCAGGCUGUUCUACACCAGAUCUGAGAUUGAGAUAUGCAGUGGCGAAAUGUUUGGAAAAAUGCCUUGAGCUAAAUGUGACUUCCAUUUCUUUUCCUGCCCUUGGGACUGGAUACAUUAGUAUUGAGAAGAAUAAAGCAGCAGAGAUUAUGUUUAAUGAAGCUUUAGUGUUUGCCAACUUCCAUUUUAGUAAACAACUAACUAUAAAGUUUGUGAUCUUUCCUACAGAAAUGGAGACAUAUAAGGCUUUCAUCACUGCAAUGGAAAAGAGUAAGUCCAAGCUGCAGCCCCCCAAUAAUUACAGUGUCCUCCAGGGCAUCAGAGAGAACCAAGAAAAUGGGCUAAAAGCUAAACCUCCUGCCAUCAAUCUGAUGGGAUCUAACCAGGAAAAGAUGAGUGAAGCCCUAGAGUGGAUACAAAGGAUAAUGACCCACCAGGACCAGCACAUCAUUGAGAAUAAUCAUAUCCUCUACCUUGGGAAAAAGGAACAUGACAUUUUGUCUUGGCUUCAGGAAACCUCAAGGGUCUCUAUCUCAGAGGUUAUCAGUCCAGGAAAGGCAGUUUUAGAGAUUAAAGGAGCCAAGGCUGACGUCAUUGAGGUGGUUAUGAACAUUGAAGAAAUGCUGUGUGAAAUUCAAGAAGAAAUGGCGAGAAAAAAGGAACAAGCCCUUUGGAGCUUGUCAGGACAACGGACUACUCAGCAACCAAAACUCCAAGAUGAAAUGAAAGAAAAGAAGUUCCUGAGAUGUCUAAUGCCUUUAACUCAAGAAAUUUAUGAUAAAAAGAAACAGUUUGAAAACUGUGGUUUGCAGGUUAUAAAGGUCGAGAAGAUAGACAACGAGGUUCUCAUGGCUGCCUUCCAAAAGAAGAAGAAAAUGAUGGAAGAGAGAAUGCCUGGGAAACCUGUGAGCCAAAGAUUGUUUCAGCAAGUCCCACAGCAGUUCUGCGAAGUGGUAUGCAGAGUGGGCUUUCAGAGAGUGUACUCAGUGCCUUGCGACCCAAAGUAUGGAGCUGGCAUAUACUUCACCAAGAACCUCAAAAACCUAGCAUACCAGGACAAGAAAACAUCUGCCACAAAUAAGCCGAUCUAUGUGUUUGAGGCUGAAGUACUCACAGGCUCCUACUGUCUGGGUCAUCAGCAAGCUAUUGUACCCCCACCACUGAGUCCUGGAGUCAUAGAUAGACAUGACAGUGUGGUUGACAAUGUCUCCAGGCCUGAAACCUUUGUCAUUUUUAGUAGUGUGCAGGCCAUGCCUCAGUAUUUGUGGACUUGCACCCAAGGUCCUAUAAGGCCACAGGAUUACUCAUCAAACCCAAGGAAUAGGGGGACAUUCUCAAGUGGCAGCCCUGUUGAUUAACCUCCAUAUCAUUUAACAACUGACAUGGCCUUGCUUUGGAGGAACUAAUAAUGACCAUCAAUGACUGAAAGGGUGGUUUGAAUAUGUCAAGUGGAUUGUCUGUAUGGACUGACUGAAUUAUUGAAGGAACCAGCUACAUAACAUACUACUAGCAUCUUAGUCUUUAUCUCCUGGGGCUGGGAUAGAUAGAUACCAACUAAAACACAUUCUGGAUCAUCCCUCUCCUUCAAGGUUUUCUUUCACUUCCUUUACUAUAGAUAACAGCAUAAAUGUUUUAUAUGUAAUGAAGAGGUUUUUCUAGUAUAUGAUCCAAGCCUUUUAUUCUCUAAAAUGAUGAUAGUAUAACAGAAUUAUUACAGCAGGAUUAUUUUAGAUUUUCCAGAUAAUCUUAUA